AUGUCUCAACAGUUACCUCUCCAACCCGAACAAGAAUUACCAAAAGCUUAUAAAGCUAAUUUGAUUUUUGAUAAAAAUCAAGAUCUUAGUGAACAUGUAUUUAAAACUUGCUUGGACAAAAUUUGUAAAGAUGAUCCAAGAGAAAAAUCAAUCUUUUUGAUAAAACUUAAAGAAUUUUAUCAACUUAGAAGUGAUAUGAUGACUGAGAUAGAAUUUAAUUGUAAUUUAGUUUAUGAUAGAGAAGAUUCAAAUUAUAAAAGAGCCAAGAAUUGUAAAGAAAAGAUUUUACGUGGUCCUAAAUAUGGAGCACAACAAGAAUGUGAUUUUGUGAUUGAUGCAUAUUUUAAGCAUCUAUCAGAGCUUGAAUCAAGAGUUAAAGUGAAUAAAAGAAGACAAAAAUGCACUAAUUUCUAUUCAAAUAAAGAAUGCACUAAAUGUAAAAAUCAAUUAAUGGAACCUAAGGAUUUCGAUUCAGAAUCUCUUUCACAAGAGUCUCAAGUUUCAUUAUGUUCUACUAAUACAUAUUAUGAAACUGAUGCAGAUGAUUUUAUAGAGUGUGACAAGUUCACUUAUAUAAAAAACCAGAAUGGUAUUGUUCUAAAUAACAAAUUAUAUUUUAGUGAUAGCGAACUUAGAAUAGAUGAUUCUUCAAGUUCUAAAUGUAAUUUUCUUUAA